GCGCGGUCUGUAAUUCCCCUGUGUAUCAGAAGGGAACAGGGAAAGGCAUGAUGCAACCCAUGUGUACAGGUCGGACGACCUGCUUUUUCUCCUACUGUAAUGACUUGGAUUCAUUAGCAGAUCGCUUUGUGGUGCCUUUUGGAAAGCAGGUGUGAUAAUGGGUUUCCACACUCUACCUGCAACAUAAACCAUUCAUGGACCAGCCAUGAAUGUCACAACUCUACCUCUCCUUCCCUUCCAUACUAUUUUACUCUUCCCUUUUCCACAUCCAGUGCUUAGCUUCCCAUUUCAAGCAUCUAAAAUUCUUCCUUACCUGCUUCUUGAUUCUUUCUCGAUUAGAUGUAGUUCAGUCUGUUCACUUCUGAACUACAGUAAGCUCUAUUUUGGGUAAACUAUACAGAUUAUUCACUAAAAGAUUUAUUAUCACUGCUUUCUUUUGAACAGUGACGUAGUUCAUGUAGCAGUGUUGAUACUAAAAUCUUGUCCAAGUUAAUGCUCCAUGAAUGCAGCUGUUCACCUUGAGCAAUUGCUUUGGGUUUCAUGAAGUAAGGCACAAUUACCUUUAUGUGAAGGAUGAAUGCGUUCUGGGGGAGAUUCCGUGAAACUUGGAGGUAGAAGCAGGAAGGUUUAUUUCCACAGAAUUCUGACAUUUGCUUCUGAAACGUGAAACUUGGGUUCAAACACCCCAAAAUGAAGAUGGGAGUAAUAGAUUGAACAGUGUUUCAGUGAAGUGGUAGAAUUACAAAGACAGGCUCUCUCUGUUCCUUUUUAUCGAAACUGGAAGUGAAAAGUCCAUUUUUACAAGGAGGGUCUUCUGCAACCUGAUAUGGGAAAAGUAAAUCUGGAUCUACCUUAGGCUAAGACUCAGACCCCCUGCUUUGUUGCUAAAUGACUUGGGAUUACCCUGAUUUAUCUGCAAAUAAGCAGGUUUAGGAGUCUCAUUUGCAUAGCAAAUUCCUUGGCCAUGAAUUCUCUAUGGACAGUGGCAUUUCCUUGCUGCCAGCUGCAGGCGUUUGCAGAAAGGUGCUGAAGUGCUGCUUUUGCAUCUCCCUCCUGGAGCCUUGUGUGGCUCUGUGCCUAUCCAUCCCUUCCUGAAACUUGGGAGUUUCCAAGUCCUUGUCAUCAGGACAGUUGAUUUCUACAAGGCAGUAACUUUCACACUGCUUUGUCUUUACUGAUGCAACUGACUUAAAGGUUCUCCUGUGUAAGUUCUUGACAACCACUAGGCUAUACCUGUAAAAACAGAGCAUAUUGCAUGCAGUGAAGAAGAUGUGAAUGGCUUAUUGGACAAUGGGACUGCCACAGCUCCAUGUCUCCAGGACAUCUCCCCUUCCUCCAGUGCCAGCUGGAGGCACAUCUGACAUGGGCUGGAUAUGCCAGGGUGGCCCAGCUGGAGAGGCUCUGGGGAGAAGGAACUGAGGGCUGGUAGUUCGGGAGGGGAUGGACACACCUGGUAGGGGAAGAUGCCAUACUGCAUGGAGAGGAGAGAGGAUGUCUCAAAGGGCUAAAAAGACAGAACAGCUCUUCCUCUGGAAGAAGGAGGCUUUUAAUUAUUACAUACGUUUGUGCCAGCAGUGCUGCUUGCGAUUCAGCAUCUUCAUUUAUGUAUAACCUGGAGAUUUAAAUGUGUGUUUAAGAAAAAAAAGCCACAAGGACUGAUUACAGUGGCCAGCAGCAGCAUGAGUGGCUGAGUGUCUGAAUCUUUGUAAAUCAGUCCUGCCUGCCCCACAGGAGAUGCCAUGAGAUGAGACAAGGAAUGAAAUGCCUAGAUGUGACAGCUGUGGCUGCAUGUGUUUCUUAAAUAAUGAAUCAGUCACAUAGCUCAUGUUCUUGAUGUUCCUUGGUUAGCAGAUCAUUUAGAAUCACUUUUUAAUACCUCAAAUGCAAACUUCGAUGUCUGUGGAUGAUACAGAAUGGUGCUAGACCAGAACAUUAACUGGGUUUAUGUCCUGGCUUGGAGUAGAUAUUUUAUCUAUGGGCUUUUAGUGGAGAAACUGUCUGGGUUUAUUACUACAGAAGACAAGAGAGCAACUUCUUGUAAUUAUCCUGUCUCUGGCUAAUACUAAUUUCUUUUCUGUACUGCUUUCUCUUAUUAGUUUGUUUCACAAGGAAUUUAUUUCUGGAACAGCUAAAAGGUAUCUUUUCCCGAUGCUUUGUAGGAAAUCCUCAAGCUGUGCUCUUAAAAACACCAACUUACUGCCUGAAGUUGGUGUUCUGUGAGUGGCCAAAUAAAAGCCAUAUAUAUAUAAAAAGUGGAGCUUUGCUUAUCUCUAAUCUCCUGGUGGACUUUUGCUCCUGAAAUUGAUAGCCUGAAUGAAAGGGUACAAAGGAAAAAACUAGCCUUCUAUUCAAAAUUCUUUGUAGAGAUUUGUUUGUCUUUCUCCGUUCUUCCUUUCCCAGAUGCUUUAUCAUUUUGAGAUCUGUCUUCCUGCCUUUGAGAGAGUAUAGUUCAUGUUUACACAGUAGUUAUUCCUUAACUGUCAGGACUGCUCCAAACUGGUGCAAUGUUUACAAACUGCCUGCUGAUGUUCAGUGGUUCUUGCUCAUGCUGUAGGUGAGGAGGAUAAUAAUCAGGAUAACUGCCCGGUGAUGGUGACAGAAACAGAGAAGGAUUGCACACAGAAGUAUAUUGUGAAGAACUACUUCUACUACUACUUGUUCAAGUUUUCAGCUGCUUUGGGUGAAGAGAUUUUUUAUAUCACUUUCCUUCCAUUUACCUACUGGAAUAUAGACCACUCUGUGUCUAGAAGAAUGAUAAUUGUUUGGUCUAUAGUGAUGUACAUAGGCCAGGUCUCCAAGGACAUCCUGAAGUGGCCUCGGCCCCUGUCACCACCUGUCGUGAAGCUGGAGAUGAGGACGAAUGCAGAGUAUGGGAUGCCUUCCACCCACGCCAUGGCAGCUACAGCCAUCUCCUUCUCCUUUUUCAUUGCAACCAUGAACCAGUACAAGUAUCCAUUUGAGCUCGGCCUGGCAGCAGCGUUUGUGUUCUCGACGUUGGUGUGUCUGAGCAGGCUCUACACGGGGAUGCACACAGUCCUGGAUGUGAUUGGAGGAGCACUGAUUUCGGCUGGGCUGCUCGUGCUCUUGUAUCCUGCGUGGGACACAAUAGAUCACUUGCUGUUAACCAGCCCCUUCUGCCCACUGUUUUCCAUAGCCGUGCCUCUUGUCUUGUGCUACAACUACCCCAAACUAGACUAUUACAGCCCCACCAGGGGAGACACCACUACGAUCUUGGGAGCAGCAGCUGGAGCGACUGUGGGAUUUUGGUUAAACAACCAGUACUCUGCUUCAGCCUACACCAGCCAAAGCGUUCAGCCUGGCUUUGCUCUGAUCACCCGUGCAAUGGUGUUUGUGCUGGCCAGGUUCCUCGUAGGGAUCCUGGUUGUCCUGCUGACACGCUGGGCCAUGAAGAGCCUGGUCCUCGGCAUGCUGGGCUAUCGGUACAAGUUCCCCGUGGGGGACCUGGCAGCCCGCAGACGCCGGGAGGUGGAGGUGCCCUAUAAGUUUGUGACAUAUUCCUGCGUUGGUUUCACGGCCACCGUGGUCGUGCCGCUGCUGCACGGGCUGCUGGGACUGCUGUGAGCACAGCUCCUGCUCGCCCGUGGCACCCCCCCUUCAGAGACACCACCGUCCAGGCUGGGCACUGCACCACAAAGGGUUUGUGCCUUUCUGCACUGCUGUGGUGGG